AUGGAACUUUGGCAUGUUCCACGAAUGAUGAGUCAUAUGAUGAAUGAAAUGAUGCGUGGCUUUGGUCGGUUCGACCCGAGCAUCUAUCCAUACUGGAGGGAUGCGGAUCACUCAGUGUUGCACGUGGCCAAUGAAACUCAACAGGUAGUUAACGAUGACAAGAAGUUCGCCGUAUCCGUGGAUGUGUCACAAUUUCAUCCGGGAGAAUUGAAUGUACAUUUGGAAGGGCAUGAUUUAGUGAUUGAGGGUAAACAAGAACACAAAAGCGAGAACGGCUAUAUGCAAAGGGCCUUCAUACGUAAAUGGACGCUACCGGAAGGAGUGGAUUUAGAGGGUGUCCGCACUCAACUCAACGAUAAAGACCAUAAAGUAUGCGAACGCGAUACGGCGCGACAUCAUGCGAAUGAAUGCGACAAAGCAUGUUUGCUUUCGCCUAUCGAGGAUUACUAUCACGCCAGCAACCAUUCAAUAGUAGUCAAAAUCAUGGAUGAAUCCUCGCCGUUUCAACAAAUGCUUAGAAAAAUGUAUCACAUAAUGGAUGAUUAUUUGAGAGAAGUAUCCAGACAUGGUGAUGAGGAAGCAAUUGCACCAUACUGGGAUGGAACCGGCUGUUCCAUACUUCAUGACGCUAACGAGGCUCAUCAAGUGGUCAACGAUGACGAAAAAUUCGCUGUUGCCUUGGAUGUGUCACAAUUCAGACCGGAAGAGUUGAAAGUGAAUUUGCAUGGGAGGGUACUAACUGUUGAAGGAAUGCAGGAAUAUAGAGAUGAUGACAGUUAUAUGACGCGGUCGUUUGUCCGCUCAUGGACAUUGCCGGAGAAUACAAACCUGGCAGAGUUGCAUAGUGUGCUAGACGAUCAAGGAAGACUUAUAAUUGAAGUCCCAAAGGAUGAAGUCAGCGAGGAGAGGAAAGAAAUUCCUAUUCGUUCCUCACGCUGUGAAUAG